AUAAUAUACGCGCAUAGGAAUUCCCUUAUACUCUAUUUGGCAUCGUGUAUCCAAGGACAUACAGACAAGUACUUGUCGCACCUGUACCGUUGCCCUUUAUCGCUACUUCGCUUUGUUGUUAACAUUUUAUAGGCUUCCAAGGUGCAACUCGGAAGUUGUAAGCACUGGCCCUAGGCGGAGCCCAGUAAGCGAGCGAAAGCGCUCUAAGGUCUGGUAUGGCUGUACGGCUCAACCGCCAAAAAAGCGACCAACCGUCUCCUAGAGGCUACUGUGGAAUUAUAUGAAAUUUGACGUUGUUAGAACUCUCGUUCUUCCGUUUUCCUAUAACGGCCUUCGGGCCUACAAGCGGCGGACGGCUUGCAUGAGACAACGCGCUUUGCCGCAACAAUACCACGUUGUUAUAAGAACAAUAAAAGCUGUUGUUUCUGGAUCGUGUGAAAGUUACAAAAUCACCCAUUAAAAUCGGGCGACGCUGAAGCCAUGGAGCAGCAACAGGCAGCCGGGAAUCCGGCUAUGGAGCUGGAUCAACUGCUGAUGGCUUGCCUUUCCAACAAUACUGAGGCGAUCAAAGCCGCGGAGGCCUCCCUCAAGCGCCUCACCGCCUCCCCCGCCCUCCUCCCCGAGCUCCUGGCCCGCGCCGCCGGCAGCCCCGCGGCGGAGGUACGACAGCUCUCUGCCGUACUGCUGCGCAAGGCAGUCACCAAACACUGGACCAAGCUAUCCGACUCGGAUCGCGCCCACAUGCAAUCCGUCCUGCUGGACCGGCUGGUGAGCGAGCCCGCCCACCCCGUGCGCCGCUCGCUGGGGCACCUGGUGGGGGUGGUGGCGCGGUAUGCCGUACCGCGGGGGCAGUGGCCGGGGCUGCUGGAGUUCCUGGGGCGGUGCAGCGGCAGCGGGGAGGCGGGGCAGCGGGAGGUGGCGCUGGGGCUGCUGGGGCAGCUGGCGGAGAACCUGGGUGAGCACCUGGCCCCCCACGUCUCCUCCCUGCAGCAGCUGGUGUCCGCCGGCCUGCGCGACCCCGCCCCCGAGGUGGUGCGCGCGGCGGUGCGGGUGAUGGAGCCGCUGGCGGGGCUGGUGGCGGGCGGGGGGGCGGCGCAGCUGGAGGGCUUCCACGGGCUGGUGGGGGCGGUGAUCGAGGUCGCCUCCCGCGCCCAGUCCGCGCAGCCGCACCCCGACAGCGACACGUUGCUGAGCUGCCUGCAGCUGCUGGUGGAGCUGGCGGAG